AGGCUCAACAUGCGAACAAUGUUUGCUCCUCUCUAGAAGCUUAUUUCAAAAAUAUGUCUUCAAAUUCGAAGUGUUGGUACGAUCCUGACCUCGGAGGAACACCCCAAGAACUAGCUCAAAAUAACGGAUUCCUCCUAGAAGAACACCAAGUCACAACCGAAGAUGAAUAUAUUCUGCCGUUAUACCGUUUGAAAAAUUUGGAUGGUUCCUAUGGAUCACAGCCGAUAUUUCUGCAACAUGGGAUGUCAGCGGAUGCAUAUUGCAUGAUGGUAAAUAAGGAGGAUUCUAUACCUUAUUAUCUUGCCAGAAAGGGAUAUGAUAUUUGGAUUGGUAACUACAGAAAUUGCGAAUAUUGUAGACAUGCAACUCUUACUACUAGUGAUCCAAAGUAUUGGGAGUUUAGUUAUCACGAAAACGCUCUAUACGAUCUGCCAGCAAACUUCGAAUACAUCAAAAAUUUGACUGGUCAGAAAAUAAUUCCCAUCGGACACUCUAUGGGCUCCACAGGUCUAGCCGCUUAUGCUUCGGUUAUGCCAAUGGAAGCAGAAAAAUACCUCAAACAUGCUAUUCUAGUAUCACCAGCAAUAUAUUUUAAGAACAAUGAUGGUUUUGUUAGUAAGGGUAUGAUUGAAAGCGCGCAUGAGAUGAUUGUAAUACUUCCGAUAAUCGGCUAUAACCGUAUCAUGACAAAGGACAGUUUCGAAAGACUUGCCACUAAAAGAUUCUUUUAUUCUACUCUGGAUAAUGCCAAGUUUACUAAAGUUGCACUUUCCGCUGUUUUUGGAAAAUUUACACAUCCAUCAGAGCCCGCAAAAUUUCCGUUAUUAAUUGACUCACUUAGAACAGUUUCUUUUAAAACUAUGCAAAAUAUGCAUUCAAGAGAAUUUAGAAUGUUCGACUAUGGCCCCGAACAAAAUAUGGUCCGAUAUGGCAAAGAAAUUCCACCGGAUUAUGACAUGGGUAAAAUAACAAAUUCAAUUUCACUGGUCUAUGGUCUUUAUGAUACUUUGGCUGGCAGGGAGAAUAUUGUGGCUGCAUACCAACGUUACCAGAAACCAAACUGGGAUAUCUUCGAGAUACCUCAUAACCAUGUAGAUCUGUUAUUUUCAAGAGAUGCCAGGAAAACAAUUCUUCCUUUAUUGUCUAAAAUAAUUAGUAAAGUUAUUAGAAAACGAGAUUAAACAAAUUUACCUACAAUACUUAUAAUUAGAUUUUUUUUUUUUGGUGAAUUUUCCCACGUUCCAAUUAAUUCAAACAGUUCCUACAAUUUAUAUCAAUUUGGCCCGGAUUUUGCUGACCGAUUUUCUCUCUUCGGGGAUUUCAUCCACU